AUGUCACCUGUUAGAUCGGUAAACGACAUCGACGAGAUUGCUGCUACAGAAUCUCUUGGCCAAGGAUUGACCACACUGGAGGCCCAGUCUGCUGUGUGUCUGUAUCCCACACCAGGUCACCUCGCUCCAGCGGGACCGGCAAACCCGGGCAAGACGCUCCCUUUGCUUCCUCAUGUACCCUCCCCCUCCCCUGCCGCCGCAGCUCCAACAGACUGUGAUGAGCAGCUUUUGGAAUGUGGAGCUCGUUACGUCACAUCUCCACAUCUCGAACUUCACCAACCAUUUUACAACAACAUUUACUACGCGUACCCGCCUGACACCCAGGGGACCCAUUCUUCAGCAGGGAUCCCUUCCCUCCUGAACUCCCCUCAGAGCCAGCCGUCAUCAGGCAGCCAGACCGGUCCCAGACCGGCUUCUGCCAUGUCAGGACCUUCUACCUCCACUCCCGUCACCAUGACGAUAGCGCCUUUCAAGUUCCGCGCCCGGCGGGAGAGCGUGGACUGGCGGCGGAUCGGCGCGGUGGAUGUGGACCGCGUGGCGGCCGAACUGGACUUCCACACGCUGCAGGAGCACAUCACGGCCGUGACCUUCUGCAGCGUGGAAGGCGAGCGAUGCCCGAGAUGCAACAGCGCCGCCGACCCGGCCCUGCUCAAGCUGUUCCGACUGGCCCAGCUGACGGUGGAGUACCUGCUCCACUCCCAGGACUGCCUGGCACUCAGCCUGCAGGCAUCUGAGGAGAGGAUCCAGGUGGAGGUACGGGAGAAGGAGCAGCUUCAGGCGCAGCUCCUGAAACAGGGUCAGGAGGUCAAGACACUUAAGGAGGAGCUGAAACAGAGGAAAAAAAUCAUCGCCUCCCAGCAGGCGAUGAUCAGUGCCGGAAUGGCCAACUACCAUAAGUGCCAGCAUUGUGACAAAGCUUUCAUGAAUUCGUCCUUCCUUCAGAGUCACAUGCAACGCAGACACCCGGAGGAGUACGACAUCAAGCUGAUGACUGAUAACCAGAAGAAGCUGCAGUCCAUGAAGUUUCAGGAGGAGAUUAAUAAACUGAAGGAGCAGCUGACCCUGACCAGGUCACAGCUGGAGACCCAGCAGCAGGUGUACAUGAACAAACUGUCUCAGGAGAAAGACCUUGGACAGAAACAGGAGGAGUUUAUGAAGCAGCUGGAGAUUUGGAAAGAAGAUGAGAGAGUCAGACUCAACAGGCAAAUGGAUGACUUCAGAGAGUCCUGUCACCAGGAGGCAGACUCACUGCACAAGAGGAACCUCAACCUGGAAAAGCAACUGUCAAAGGUCCAGGAAGCUAACCGUAAAUUGGAGGAAAGAAUUCUUGCUAUGCAGGACGGAACCGCGAAGGUUACCGAGACGCAACAUCAGCAAGAGGUCAUCAAACUCCAGCAGAAAUUCCAGAAACAGGAGGAGAAGUGGGUGACGAAAAUGCAGAAAGUGAAAGAGGAGCAUGAGGUUGAAAAGAAUCAGCUCCGGAAUGAAAUGUCCCAGCUGCGCUCCUCGUUUUUGGAGGAGAUGGACGAGGCGCGGAGGCAGGUCAAGGACCUGGACCUCAAGCUGAAGGAGCAGGGAGAGAUCAUAGCCUCCCAAAACAGUCAGAUGAAGCACAUCUCCUUAAAUCCUCCCACCAUAGUCGUGCAGCGUGAAGGUAGGCCAACUCCAGUUCCAGCUGCUCCAGAGCCUAAACCACAGAUGGUGGUGUGUGAACAGUCCAGCUCGGUCCAUAAACUGGAUCCAAUAGUGGAGCUGUCAGAGGAGGAAAGAGACUCCUCCAGCGUCUCUGAGAAACAGACUAAGGUCCGGCAGCAGGAGUUAGAGCAGCUGAUGAAGAAACCGGGCCUGAGGAGGGACAUGCGACAGGUGGUCCAACAGAACCUCCAGGACAAGCUGCUCUCGCUAGGGGUCCAGCCGGGAGUCAAUGGGCUGGCCAAAGGGACGUACAAGACCGCGAUGGCCAAGGUGUUGUCGGCAAGGCGAACGGUUGCCAGGGAGAUCCCAGAGUAUACCCGUGUGCAGGAGGAUCUCAGGCUCCAACUGGAGCAAAGAGUGAAGGAGAAGAGUGCAGAACCAGCUUCCAAAACCAAACAGUCGAGCCAAGUGGUACAGGCCAGACCCAGGUCCAGCAGUCUGCCCUCCAGGGUAACCCGCGUGGCGUCUGGCCCCGCCCCUAAACAACACCUCACCCCCCAGCCCGCCCCCCGCAGUAAGACCGGCACUCUGGCAAAGGCCGCCACCCCCAAGACCCCUCCGUUCAGUUCAGACGAGGACUCAGAGGAGGAAGAGGAGGAGGAGGAGGAUGAAUCUGAUGAGGAAGAGCUGCCUCAGAGGCACAAAGCCCCUCAGUCUAAACUCCCCCAGACAAAAACCACCAAGGUCAAAUCACAGCCGGCCACGCCUCCACGACACACUGUCCCCCAGGCAACCUCCACCCCCCACGCUACCCGCCAGCACCACCCCACUGCCCACCGCACCAGUACAGCCAGGCACACGACAACCCAGCGCCCCCCCGCGCCCCAGCCGGCGUCUCCCGCGGGCGCGGCCGUCAGGACGGCCGUCGUGGCGGUGGAGAGUGACGGAGAGUGGACGGAGGGGAGCGAGAUGGAGGAGCUGCAGCAGCUGCGGAAACACAGGGACCUCAACGGAAACGUGGAGAGGAACGUCCACGACACCGUGGUGAAAAACCUGACGAGGAGUCUGGAGAAACAGUUAGAGGAGCGAGGCCCAAAGAAACCAGCAGGGGGCGUCAACACGGUGCCCAUAAAGAAAGACGCGGUGAAGGAGUUGAGGCACUCAGGGAUGAAUGAGAAUGACGAUGAUGAUGAUGACGAUGAUGACUGGGACAUUUCCUCUCUGGAGGACGUGCCCGCUAUACCCAAACCGAGCCAGAGUCCAGGCCCAGUGAAGAAGAGUCUGGACAAAAGUUUAGACACCAGUACCAGCGUGUGGGGCUCCUCGACAGGGAAAGGCCAGAAGCCAGGGCUCACUGAAGCAGGCACUGGCAGUACUCUGAAAAGCAGCCUGGUGUCCGUCAGUGACUGGAGUGAUUCGGAUGAAAUAUGA